UUCUCUCUUUGUUUGAGUGACAAACUUACGAAUCAAGUGGCUGCCAUCGUCUCCAUGGCUCCACCCCUGGCAUGAAGUAAACAAACUUUUCAAAAUUUCGACGAGUUUCGCACAUCCAAAUCGUAUGUAAUUUAAAUUUGUGUGUUAAAUUUUUGAAGAGGCGCCAGAAUGAGGGAAUGUAUUUCCGUCCACAUCGGCCAAGCCGGCGUCCAGAUCGGGAACACCACGUGGGAGCUGUACUGUCUGGAGCACGGGAUACAACCCGACGGGAGCCUGAAGGACCAGAGCGAGAUCGUAUCUGACAACUGCUACGGCACCUUCUUCUACGAAGUGGAGAACGGGAACAUGGUCCCCAGGUCCCUCAUGGUGGACCUGGAGCCCACGGUGGUCGACGAAGUCCGGACCGGCAAGUACAAACAACUCUACCACCCGGAGCAACUCAUCACCGGGAAAGAGGACGCCGCUAAUAACUACGCCCGCGGCCACUACACCAUAGGCAAAGAAAUGAUCAGCGUGGUCAUGGACAAGCUCUCCAAGAUGGCCGAGCAGUGCUCCGGCUUGCAAGGUUUCCUCGUCUUCCACUCCUUCGGCGGCGGCACCGGCUCCGGCUUCACUUCCCUCCUCAUGGAGAACCUCUCCGAGGAGUUCGGCAAGAAAAGCAAGCUCGAGUUCGUCAUCUACCCCGCGCCCCAGGUGUGCACCGCCGUCGUGGAACCCUACAACUCCAUCCUAACCACGCACACCACCCUGGGCCACACCGACUGCGCCUUCAUGGUGGACAACGAGGCCAUCUACGACAUCUGUCGCAAGAAAUUAGGGAUCGAGCGCCCCAACUACAUCAACCUCAACCGGCUGAUCAGCCAGGUGGUGUCGUCCAUCACGGCGUCGCUGCGCUUCGACGGCGCCCUCAACGUGGACUUGACGGAGUACCAGACCAACCUGGUGCCCUACCCGCGCAUCCACUUCCCGCUGGCGUCGUACGCGCCGGUGGUGUCCUCCGACAAGGCCUUCCACGAGGGGAUGUCGGUGUCGGAGAUCACGUCGGAGCUGUUCGAGUCGAGCAACCAGAUGGUCAAGUGCGACCCGCGCCACGGCAAGUACAUGGCGUGCUGUCUGCUGUACCGGGGGGACGUGGUGCCCAAGGACGUGAACGCGUCGAUAGCGCAGAUGAAGACGAAGAGCAACAUCCGAUUCGUCAACUGGUGUCCGACGGGGUUCAAGGUGGGGAUUAAUUACCAGCCGCCCACGGUGGUGCCUGGGGGGGAUUUAGCGCGCGUGCAGAGGGCGGCGUGUAUGCUGUCGAACACGACGGCCAUCGAGUCGGCGUGGAAUAAGCUGAACAAGAAGUUCGAUUUGAUGUUUGCGAAGAGGGCGUUCGUGCACUGGUACAUCCAUGAGGGGAUGGAAGAGGGCGAGUUUAACGAGGCGAGGGAGGAUCUGGCGAUGUUGGAAAAGGACUACGAGGAGGUUUCGAUCGACGAUAUUGACUGAAUCAUCGUUUCAUACAUUUAUUCGACUUUUUAGAUACAUACAAUAAAUUAUUAUUCUUA